AUGGCGGACGCCGGGGUGCUGGAGGGUCUCUUACGGCUUCUGGAGAAGGCUGACGAUGGUGUGGACAGCGUGGAGGCCGCGGCCGGGCUCGGGGUGGACCACCAGGUGGUGGUGGGAGCCGUGAAGAGCCUUCAGUCUCUGGGAGACAUGAUUUCAGCAGAGCUGCGCUCCUCAAAGCACUGGGAGCUGACAGGAGAAGGCAGUGAGAUCGCUGAACAAGGCAGCCAUGAAGCACGUGUGUUUGGCUCUGUCCCACAGGAGGGACUUGCACAGAGUGAACUUAUGAAAUUAUCCUUUGGAAAAAUUGGUUUCAGUAAAGCCAUGUCCAACAAGUGGAUCAAGGUGGAUAAGGCACACGAGGGGGGUCCCCGGGUUUUCAGAGCUAUGGACAGUGUUGUGGACCAGGUCAGAGAAAGGUUGUUGCUGGUACAACAAGGCAAUGGUUCUGAACUCGACGAAAAGGAAAAAAACGAACUGAAGAAGCGAAAACUGCUGUCAGAAUUGACUGUAAAGUCUUACUGGAUCACAAGGGGAAACUCCUUCAGCACCACCAUCACCAAACAGGAAGCAGAGCUGACACCAGAGAUGAUUGCUUCAGGUAGCUGGAAGGAAAAGAAAUUUAAGCCAUACAAUUUUGAAGCCAUGGGAGUCGCCCCGGACAGUGGCCACCUACACCCGCUCAUGAAAGUGCGCACACAGUUCAGACAGAUCUUCCUGGAGAUGGGCUUUACAGAGAUGCCCACAAAUAACUUUAUUGAGAGCUCCUUCUGGAACUUUGACUCUUUGUUCCAGCCACAGCAGCACCCGGCUCGAGACCAACACGACACCUUCUUCCUGUCUGACCCAGCCCUGGCUCACGAGUUCCCAAAGGACUACCUGGAGAGAGUGAAGCGGGUCCACUCAGAAGGAGGCUACGGUUCACAAGGGUACAAGUGCGAUUGGAAGAUUGAGGAGGCUCAGAAGAACAUCCUCCGCACCCACACCACGGCGGUCAGCGCGCGCAUGCUGUACAAACUCGCACAACAGGACAAGUUCACACCCGUAAAAUACUUCUCCAUUGACCGUGUUUUCCGUAAUGAGACUCUGGACGCCACUCAUUUGGCAGAGUUCCAUCAGAUCGAGGGGGUGGUGGCGGACUACGGCCUCACACUGGGAGACCUCAUGGGCAUCCUGCACCAGUUCUUCACUAAACUAGGAAUUACUAAACUACGCUUUAAGCCGGCAUACAACCCUUACACAGAACCGAGUAUGGAAAUAUUCAGCUAUCAUGAAGGUCUGAAUAAAUGGGUGGAGGUGGGUAACUCUGGGGUCUUCAGGCCGGAGAUGCUGCUUCCCAUGGGGCUGCCAGAGGACGUGUCUGUGAUCGCGUGGGGUCUGUCUCUGGAAAGACCAACGAUGAUCAAGUACGGCAUCAACAACAUCCGCGAGCUGGUGGGACACAAGGUGAACCUGCAGAUGGUGUACGACAGCCCCCUCUGCAGACUGGACUCAUGA